AUGGUUGUCAUUGCCGUGACGAGCCUUGCUGGCGAAACGCUGAUUGAAGAAACUGACAUUCCCGAGCCGGUGACUGGGCAACAGAUCAUUGAGAGGAUUCCUGGAACUACGCGCUUCGACAAGCUCCUUAGAGACAGCGAGCCUUUGGAUCUGUCAGCUGAGCUUUGCGCUGGCGAUGGUGCGCUGAGCCUGACGCUCGUUCGGGUGGAUGCAGGCUUGUUGGCCGGCCUCGAGGCUGACACCAUCGAUGUGCUCAGGGACUUUGGCGCCAUUCAGGAUGCGCCGUCGGGCUUCCAUGACAUGAAGUGCUGCCUUAACUUGGCGAAGGAGGACAAGCAAAGAUUCAGCGGAGGCGGCUUUGGGGGCACGGAGUCGACAAAGCACGUGCUUUUGCUUCCGGAUGGGCGAAUUUUGGCCAAAUACCACUACGAGAGCGACUACAUGGAGCACAGCGGUGACUACAGCUGCACAUGCUGCUGGGAGAUAGCGGAGGGCACCUUUGCCCCCACCGGGGAACCUGGUUGCUUGCGUAUUGACUGGACGGGCUGGGCUGAACUCCGUCACCGAAGCGACGAACCCUUUGGCCCGGGUACAAUCACUGGGAAUUGGGAGCAAAAGGUUAUUGAUGCGGCUCGUCGCAGAUUGCCCUCCACGCUUGUGCCCACGGACCACGGAGUUUUGCAUCUGCAGACGUUAUGCAAGGCAUGGGCUGAGGAAGAUAAAGGCUCCGGCGUCGCAUGCGCCCGCAAAACCUCUGCUCGAACAACAUCAUCCCUGAGCAUGCCAAAGUUGGACGCCGACAUCUUGCAGAGCGUUCAAAUGCGUCCUGAUCAUUUGAGCUAUUGGUGCCCAGCAUAA